AUGGCCUCCGAAUCACCCGCCCAACCAGCUCCUUCACCAUCCCUGGCCUCGGGCAUCCCCAACCUGAAAGACAGAAUCCCCAAGCUCGAGCCUCGCAGGAGGAGACCCGGCCCCUCCAACCCAACUCCUAUUCCUCAGACUCCCGCUCUCCCUUCGCCCCCGGACUUGGCGGACUGGAGCUACAAGCUCCCAAGCAGGCGCAUUCUUUCAAAACAGGACCAUGAGCUGUUUCUGGCGUCUCCAACCUACAGCCUCAUUGCGGCCUGGGUCUUUGGCCUAUCUGAGUCUGUAGUUGACACACCCAAGUCUGCCGUCAGGGAUGAAUCCCUGAGCGAGGGCGUCAAGACAAUUUUAAGCAUAUUAGACCAGGCGGAAGCUUUUGUGUCUCAGUCACCACCCAACGAGCAGGGCGGUUCUCGCUUCGGCAACAAGGCCUUUAGAGGCUUCCUGGAUCUGGUCAAGGAAAAGACCCCAAUAUGGCAUGAAAGUCUAGGUCUGCAUAACACGGACGCCAUCGCUGAGGCAUCUGCCUAUUUUGCUCAGUCAUUCGGUAACCGGAAUCGAAUCGACUAUGGAUCAGGACACGAGCUCAACUUUAUGAUGUGGCUACUUUGUCUGUACCAGCUCGGCAUCUUGCAGCGCUCCGACUUCCAGGCACUUGUUCUCCGAGUCUUUGUUCGCUACAUCUCCCUGAUGCGGGUCGUCCAGAUGGCCUAUUAUUUGGAGCCUGCGGGCUCCCACGGUGUUUGGGGGUUGGACGAUUACCAGUUCUUGCCGUUCCUCUUUGGCGCCUCUCAACUUCUACACCAUCCGUACAUCACCCCUCGCGCCAUUCACCAGGACCUCACGGUCGAGGAAUUUGGCGACGACUAUCUCUAUCUCGGCCAAGUCAACUUUGUCAACAGCACAAAGACUGUCAAAGGCCUACGAUGGCACAGUCCCAUGCUGGACGACAUCUCAUCUUCAAAGUCGUGGACUAAAAUCGACGGAGGCAUGCGCCGUAUGUUUGUCGCCGAGGUUCUGGGAAAGCUACCGGUGAUGCAGCAUUUCAUGUUUGGGUCCCUCAUCUCUGCUGCUCCUGGUAUGAGUGAAGAAGAUCCGUCAGCUGCUGGUGAAGACGAUGGCGAAGAUCACUCCAAUCAUAACCACACAGGACAAGCACACGACGGCACGGGCUGGGGCGACUGCUGUGGUAUCAAGGUGCCCAGUAGCAUUGCUGCUGCCCAAGAGAUGAAGAAGGGCCAUGUGGAAACAUUACGUAGAAUCCCCUUUGACUAG